UCUGCACAGCACCAGGCACUUCGGCUUCUCCUGAUGCCCUGACCCUGCACUGCUGGGGACGUCUGGGCUUUGAAGGCAGAACUGUGAGAUUUCUGUUCCCCUAAAUUUCACAAAGCCUCCGUUUUUGGCUGCAAAGGGACCAGCACGUGGUGUGGAGAUGGGGAACAUGGACGGGAAAACCGUGGAGGAGCUGAGCACCACCGAGUGCCACCAGUGGUACAAGAAGUUCAUGACAGAGUGUCCUUCUGGCCAGCUCACCCUCUACGAGUUCAAACAGUUUUUUGGCUUGAAAAACCUGAGUCCGGCAGCGAACAAAUACGUUGAGCAAAUGUUUGAGACGUUUGACUUUAAUAAGGAUGGCUACAUAGAUUUCAUGGAAUAUGUGGCAGCUCUGAGCCUGGUGCUGAAGGGGAAGGUGGAUCAGAAGCUGAGGUGGUAUUUCAAGCUCUACGACGUGGAUGGGAACGGCUGCAUCGACCGGGCUGAGCUGCUGAACAUCAUCAAAGCCAUUCGAUCCAUCAACCGCUGCAACGAGAAGAUGACGGCGGAGGAGUUCACAGACAUGGUGUUCAACAAAAUCGACAUAAAUGGAGAUGGCGAGCUGUCCCUGGAGGAGUUCAUGGAGGGCGUGCAGAAGGACGAGAUGCUGCUGGACAUCCUCACCCGCAGCCUGGACCUGACCCACAUCGUGCGCCUGAUCCAGAACGACGGCAAGAACCCUCACGAGGGCGGGCAGGACGCCCAGGCUGCCCCGUAGCUCCCGGGACGCUUUCCCCUGGCCUCCCCUGGCACCGCCGGCUCGGAUGGGGCCGUGGGGCUGUGGGGCCGCAGCUCCCCACUGACAGACCUGUGCCCGGGCAGCGAGAGGAGAGGCCUCUGCAGGGAGGGCUGCAGAGCUGGGCUCGUCCCACACGGACCCGCAGAGAGGGGACAGCCGGUGCUCCCCGGGCAGGGGAGCAGCACCAGCCUGUGCAGGUCGAGAAUCCCCAAAAUUCCCACCGAGGCUGUGGCCAACACCCCCCCAGCAGGGUCCAAGCAGGGGCUGCCCAUGGCUUGGCCCCGGUGAGAGGGGUCCUGGAAAAGCAGACUUAAACCUUCUCCUUCCAUUUGUAUUUCCAGAGCAAGCAAUCAACAGUUCUGGUCACUCCUUCCUUCACUCGCUAUUAUUAAUCAGCAGUGAUUAGUGAUGAUGUGAGAUAAAACAUUCAUGAGCUAGAAAAAGGGGAGGGGUGAAUGCAGUGGCUUUUCUAUGUUUAAAAGCAUUAAAAACAUUGAAUGGUGCCUUUUUUUAACAACCUCCUGGACUGUAAGGAAACACUUCUCCCUGAAGC